AUAACAAAAUAUUAGUAGGUGGCAUUUUCUGUGAUAUGAGGAAAGCUUUUGACUUUGUCAGUCAUGACAUUUUACUAUCUAAACUAGAAUUUUAUGGAAUAGUUGGUAAGGCCAAUGCAUUGAUAAAUUCCUAUCUCAAAGACAGGUACCAAAGGGUUGUAACAGAUAAUUGGCAUAUUCAUUCCAGAUGGGGCAAAGUUAAUAAUGGUGUUCCCCAGGGAUGGAUACUGGGACCUUUAUUGUUUGUUUUAUAUAUAAAUGACUUGCCAAACAUAAUUAGUCAGUCUGAACCUGUUCUUAUUGCAGAUGACACCAACAUAAUUAUCAUGAAUUCUAGUCCUUUAGAAUAUGAAAACAAUAUUAUUCAAACAUUUAAAAACAUAAAUGAUUGGUUUAAAGCUAAUUUAUUGACACUGAAUUUCAAUAAAACAUAUUUUAUACAAUUUUUUACUAAGAAUAGCUAACCAGUAGAUGUGCAUAUUGACUAUGGUAACAAUCAGAUUCCUAUAUAUACUAAUACCAAAUUACUCAGAUUAAUUAGUGACGAUAUGUUGACAAGAAAGGACAUGUUGACUGGUUUAUGUCUAAAUUAUGUUAGGCCCAUUAUGCAAUCAGGGUUAUUGAACCUUAUAUGUCACAGGAAACAAUAAGAAUGAUUUAUUUUUCAUAUUUUCAUUGUGCUAUGACCUAUUAUAUAAUUUUCAGGGGAAAUUCUCCCAGUAGUAUUCAUAUUUUUAGGCUACAGAAAAGGUUGAAUUAAAGUUAUCUACGUGUAAGCUGUCCGUCUUCAAUCACACCAUACUGGAAUUUCUCAGUAUGGAAAUUGCAGAUGAACAAGGACUCCUUGUGGUAAAUUUGGAAAACUGUGUUUCUAGUACAGCUGCUGAGCAAGUUGUGAAUGGUGACUGCGUGUAUGCAGUUGCUGUAGCAUCUAACACAUGUAGGAAUGAAGGUGAGACUGUGAUACAGAUUCCUGUAUCAGUCCAUUGUUCUGAGGAAUUACAGCAACCAUAUGCUGCAGUAUCGCAGUUAGUAGAAGAACAGUUAACUUUACAAGGACAGCACUAUAGUGCAGUUGAAACACAGCAGUACACUCAGAUUGAAGCUGAUGAGCACCUUCCUUGUUUAAAUGCCGAUGGUGGUACAGAGUCCAGUCACCAGGAUGCAGAUAUUUGUUCAGAAAAUCAGGUUUCGCUUGCAUUGGGACUCCAUCAAGGACAUUCUGAUGAAACAGAUUCAUCUUAUUAUGCAGAGAUUUAUAACUAUCUUGCUUCACAGGCAAUGCCAGUAGGAGCUACUGAAAGUUACAAAAAAAUACUGAAGAAAAGAGCUCGUAAUUAUAAAAUUAUGGAGGGUGUACUCUACUAUGGUCAAAAGUUACCUAAAAGAGUAAUUACUGAAAAGAUGCAGCAGAGAGAGAUUCUGAAGAAUAUUCACAUCGAAGAAGGAACAGGUGUUCAUUUAGGUUUAAAGAAGAUGUAUAUGGGACUCAACCAGUUCUAUUUCUGGAAAGGAUUGUAUGUAGAUGUAGCAAAUUUUGUGAGGCAGUGCAGCCAGUGUUCAGAAACUGCAGAAGUACAAACCAGUGGCAGUGGGCAAUCCCAGCAGUUGGAACAUACUAGCAAAGAUGAUUCCGACAAGGACAAGAAUACUAGAAAUGGAAAUACAAGUAAAGUAUGGCAGAAGGUGGAGUUGAAACUGUAUGGCCCCUAUCCAAAGACUGUUCUUGGGAAUGAGUUCAUUAUUACACUAGCUGAUCCAUUCUCUCACUGGAUUGUUGCACAUCCAGUGCCAGGUGAUAAUCAUGCCAGUCAUAUAGCUGAUUUUGUAUAUAAAACUUUUUGUACAUUUGGAUUUGCAAAGUGCAGUGUUAUCGGUGUGCCGCAAGAAAUCCUAGAGAUAGCACAGUGUAAAUAUAAGGAAUAUGUAUCACGGUUACAAGAUACCUUAUUAACCUGUGGUUUAAUGGUACCACAGCUCACAUCAGUGUGUGAUACCACAGUACACAAUUUGCUUGUAUUUCUUCAUGAUAACCUAAGCCAGUGCACUUGGGUUGGAAAGCUCUUGGAUGAAUUUGUAGAAACCAACCCUCAUGCGUGGGAUUUGGAAUUGGCGAGAUUUCUCUUCGAGUAUUGUACCACACCUGGCAGAGAGUCAUCCUCUCCCUUCACUAUCAUGUUUGGUCGCAGCCCAGUGAGUUACUUGGAGGAAGACAAAGAGAAUCAUAAUGUGAUAGAUGAAGACAAGCCUGCUGAAACGUUAUCUAAGAGGAGGAGGCUACAGAGUAGUAUAUUACAAUGUCGACAUUGUGAGGAGGUUUUUACAUCCAAGAUAUCAUUCCGUAUUCAUCAGCGUAAACACACAGAGGAAGCUCGUCGUCAGGGUACACUUGAAGGGCAAGAACCUCUUGGACCAGCUACUGAGAGAGAGAAAAGACUGCUGAAAAGAACAAUUUUGAAGCGAAGACAGAGGUUAUUUAAGCAUGGAAACUUGGAUCGUAGAGAGAGAUUGAUGACAAUUGCCAAUCAGAAAUUGCACCCCAGUCAGGAAUCUUUGCCUAAAGACAAAUGGCGAGCUGAGCUGCAAGCCAACACAGUAGCUGCUGUAAGGAAACUUCUGGCUUCAACAAAAGAAGAGCGUAGACGCCGUGGGAGGUACCACAAAUAUUCAGCAGAACUUCAAGAAGAAAUGGCACGCUAUGCUAUGGAACAUGGUAACUUAGAGACUGUUCGUCACUUCUCCCAGCGAAUGGGCACAACAGUGAGUGAAAGUACAGUGCGUAAUAUUGUUAAAUUAUAUCGUGCUUUCACUCCAGGACUGAAGGAAGAAAUUGGCCGUUUUGCUGCACGUUGUGGUGUGGAGAUGGCUUGCAGUCAUUUUACAGAACGGUUAGGACAAGAGGUGCGACGUGGACUGGUUCGAAAAUUCAAGAAACUAUUUUUAAGUCACCAUCCUGAUGUCGAAGGUAAGCAGGCCAGCAGUAACAAAGACAAAGGGACAAACAAUGGUAUUGUUAAUGCAAAGCAGAAGAACAUGUACACUAAUGAGCUGAAAGAUGAGAUUGGUUCUUAUGCUUGUCACUUUGGUAUUCCUGUUGCUGUAGAACACUUUGCCCAGAAGUUAUCAUUUCCUCCAAAGGAGAGUACAGUACGUAAAUUCCGGAAGUUAUACUUGGACAAGCACCGUGCUACUCAACAGGUGGCCAUGUUACAACAGCAGUUGCAGCUUACCAAUACUGUCAGCGUUCAGGAAGCAGCUGGGCCUUCUUCAACUCAAACUAUUGACAUUCUCCAUGCCUCCUUAAAUAUCUUGAAUAAUGCACAGGUCAGUGGUCCAACUACUGUUGUGUAUAAUGCACACGUUCAACCCACUAACCAGCUUAUCCCUGCUUCUCAUACCACAAGCUCCUUACCCUUAACAUUUCAACCCCUAAAUAGUGGAGGUGCAGCUGCUUCAUAUCAGCAACAGACACCUGUUAUUGUGAAUCAGAGUGCUGUUGCUUUCAACCAGAACCCUAUUCCUCUGCAGACUUUCCAGCAACCACAGCCGAUUUUCUCUUCAUACAAUAACCAAGAGCACUUAGACAACAGCACUACAGUUCCAGUAUCCCACAAAUCUGUAGUCACGUCAGUUCCUCUCACAAUAACACAGACACAAUCCCAUCUAUCAGAAACCUCUGCCCAAUCUCUUCCUCAUUCUUCUGUGCCUACCAUUACAGUAGCAAUAGCAUCUGAUUCUCAGCAACAGUUUCAGCCCAUGUCCAGUCAUUCCACAAUAGUUGUACCCCACCAGACGCACACAAAUGAACGAUCAGAUUUGGAAUCACAGUCAAUUUUGUUGUCCCAUGAACAGAAUGGUGCAACAGUAGUUCAGCAAGUAGUGGCAUCAUCACUACCACAUCCUCAUCUACAGCAUGAGCAACCACAGCAGUCAUCAUUAUCACAUGAGCUUAUUAAUGGUACUCUCACUAAUCCUUCUUCACAACAUCACUCUCAGGUAUUGGUGCAACAGUCUUCAGUUAUAGCUGAUUCCCUUCUUGUUGAGCAGCAGACUGCUGUACCAGAUCAUUCUCAAAUAGUAGAACAUCACAAUUUGGAGCCUACCACAUUUGUACAUGCUCUUCAUGACGGAACUGCAACCCUCCCAUUCGAUACUUCCGGUUCAACAUUAAUAGCAGAUCGUGAUGGCACAUAUUCCAUAGCGACAGAAAUUAACAGUGAUAUGUCUGUAACAGUUGAGAAAGAAUCAGUUCUUCAAACAUCGCACACCCCAGAUAUACCCAUUACAAUUCAGAUGCAAGAAGCACAGACUCAGCAUAAUACAGAAGAUGUGAUUAUCAGUAUUGUACCUGAGGAAGCAACAAAGAAACUACAAAUUAAAAAGGCACCACCAUUAUCAGGAAAAGUAGCAUCCUGUAGCAAAAGAGAAAGAUUACAAGAGCAAGAAACAAAGGUAAUACAUGUUGUGAAGGUGGACUGUGGCAUGGAAGAUGAUGUCGAUGACCCUAUGAGUGCUGAAGAAACACCUAGAAAGAGGAACAAUAGUGUGCGACGGUUCUGUUCUAAAAAGAAAGCAGGUUCUACUGUUGGACAGAAACGAGGAAACUAUACUGUUUACAGUCCUGAGGUGCGUGCUGAGAUGGGAAAAUAUGCAGCUGAACAUGGAAGUCAGCGGGCUUGUCGGCAUUUCAGAGCUAUUCUUGGCCAUGAUGUUCCAGAGAGCACUAUUCGUGGCUUGAGAGAUAAAUAUUUGCUAAAACGUGAACACUGUGGAAGCAGUUCAGGUGGGGACAAAGAGGUAACUUCUCUUGGUUAUGCUCCUCGUGGUCGUCCCAUGAGACUAGGUAAGUAUGAUGAAGUGGUUCAGGAAUGCAUUCGAGAGUUAAUCAAGUCAGGAGAGCGGGUAACAUCUUUCCUUGCAAUUGCUACUGCGAAACAGGUCUUAAUGCAGUAUGAGCCCAGUCUCUUGGAGGAGAAUGGAGGUAAAGUUAAACUGAAUGUCACUUGGGCAAAAUCAUUUCUGAAACGCAUUGGAGUGCAAAACAAUUCAUGAAAGUUGAAAAAUAAUGAGAUUCAAUUCAAGGGGAAUCAUUCACAAGGAAUUUGUCCCAAAAGGAAGAACCAUAAAUGCCAAAUUUUGUUUAGAAUUGAUGGAAUUAUCAUACCAUCCAUGUUAGGCGUUAAAGAUUUUUUUUUUUUUGCAAGAAAUAGUUAAUGAGAUUUAACCCCGCCCCCAUCACCAGAUUUGGUUCUGACUGGUUUUUCUCUUUCCAAAGAUAAAAAUGAAGAUGAAUAGGGAACAGUUUCAUAUCAUCCAGAAGAAUGUGGUCAGCCAUCUCUGAAGCAGUUUCAAGGAUGCUUUGAAUGAUUCUUAUUCUCAGUGCUUUUCAGAGUGCCAAGUACUUUUUAAAAUUAACAAGAAGAGAAAGAAGGAAUGUGAAAAUACUGAGCUUCAUAAGGUUUACCACUUGAUUGGAAAUGAGGUGAGGUUUUGAGAGUUGCAUUCUCAGUAUAGUUUUUCAAAAUAAUUUGUGAAUAGGAGAGAAUGGGAAUGAAUUAAGAAUUAAGGUUUAUAUAUUGUUUUAUUAAUAAUAAAUUUAUGGGCUCAGUGUAUGAGGGUUUUCCAGAAAACAAAGGCCAUUUGCACAUAGCACUUACUUGCUGACUUUACCUGGGACGUUUAUUUCCAUUCUUGCAACAGUACGGACUUGGCUCCAAGUGAUUUUCACUUGUUCACACAUUUGAAGCAGUUUUUGGGUGGCACACGCAUGAGUAGCGAUGAAGUGUAGAAGACAGUUAAAGACUGAUUCAGUGGACUGGCUGCAGAUUUCUACGAUGUAGGCAUACAAAAACUCAUCACACGGUACAACAAGUGCCUGAGUCAUCAUGGGGAUUAUGUAGAAAAAUUGCUUAAGGUCUGUAGUAAUGAUGUAAAAUAAAAUGUUUAAAUUUUA